AUACAAGUAGCUGCACCUGGUUUAUUGCAUUGUCGCCCUUCAGUCUUUACUUUUAGUUUUACUGCUUGUUGAAUUGAAUGUGUUCUUCUUGAGUUUCCCGUCAGAGAAACCACAACCAUAGGGGGACUAAUGCAGACCAUGGCCCCAGAGAAGUGCCAAGAUGGCCGUGAGAGGCUGCAGGGAUGGCUGAACCAAACAUUACGCAUCAAGAUGACUGAUGGCCGCACACUGAUAGGCCUAUUCCUGUGCACUGACAAAGACCAGAAUGUGAUCCUGGGAUCGUGCGAGGAAUACCUUACGGCACCUGACUCUGAACAGAAGGAGGAGCCACGUGUUCUUGGCCUUGCCAUGGUGCCAGGCCAGCACAUUGUCUCCAUUGAAAUCGACAAGAUGGACCACAGAUAAAUAAUUGAGCGGAAAAAGGUUGGCCUAUCCACCCAUGCAGCAAGUGCCAGAAGCUUGGCUGCCUAUUCUGUAAGAUGUGCAUCCACCUUGAGGAAAAGCCCCCUCUCAUCGGUUGAAUAGAGCCAUAUUGGUUAGGAGUGUUCAUUUUGCUGGUAGCGACACGACGGUAACACAUGCAUUUCACAGUAGUUUGUGAACGAGCGAAGUGCAGUUCUGUGGCUAGGAAAAUUGCGCCCUCUCUUGGUCCAGCUUGGGGCUCAUUAGUUAAUGAUCUUUGUGGGUUUUGUACAGUGGAUGAUAGGACUGACAGAAUUCACAGCAAUGCCUGACCUGUUUGCCAAGAUGUCUGUUGAGCAGGGAGGUUUUGCACGGGCAAAGGGUCAUUUUGUGGCACAUAUCCACCACACCACUGAGUUGCCAAGGGCUCGCUUUCAAACCUAGGCUUGCCAUGUUCAUGAAGCAUCAGCGGCAGACUACAGACAAGCCAGCAGCAGGCACUGACUAAAUUAAGGAUUCCAAGGAAGUGGCAUGCCGAGUUUUUUCCCUCAGUGGAUAGCCUUUGUACCUCACAUUCAUGUUUUGGUGCUGAAAAAGAGUAAUAUGGCCAGGGAAAAUCUUGACAGCAAGUGCUGUCAGGAAAAUUGUAUACUCUCUACAUGUAGUUUGUUUUAUAGCACCAGUGAAUGAAGUUGCCAAAUUCACACGGUCCUUUAUUGGUUGCAAGCUUGAUCCAUGGUGGUGUAUGCGGGAAAAAUUGGUUUAAUCAGUGAACUACAUUAUGUGCAAUUGGUCACACGUAAGUGACGUCAGCCCUAGAUGCAGAUGUAAUCCCAUUGCCUUACGCCCAUAGAAAUAUGACAAGUGAACUUCAGCACUUGCAGUUUCGAGUUACAUCUUCUUGUUCACCCUGUCCUUGCCAAUACAGAACUCCACUGAUCCUAAAUACUGCCUGAUUCAGUCACCACAUUCUAAGGAAAAGGGAGCAAAUUAAUGAACUUCUCAUAAAAUGCAUCAAUUUUAGAUGCCACUGAACUGGUGUACAUAGCCAGCUCUCUUGCAAUGCUAAUCCUGUUGGCAUGGGCGUCACGAGGGGAGGGCAAGAGGGGGCACUUGACCCCUUGAAAAAAUGGGGGAUUAAAAACAAGUUGAAAAAAAUAAAUAGAAAUACAAAAGAAAAUGGGAUGAAAGUCACAGAUUUGCUUUAAAAAUAUCACCCCUCCACCCUUUAAUUGGUUCAUAAGUUAUCAAUUCCCCACCCAAUGGAAAAAAUCCCCCCCCCCCGAAAAAAUUGUAGCGAGUAGGGUGUGAAAAAGUUAAUGGGCGCAUUGAGGCUUGUUAUAUGUAUGGAUGGCAUUAGGCUGUAAAUAGUAAUUUUUUUUAUUCUUGCCAUAAGAGUAUCCCAAGUUUUUCUGGUGCAUUACAUGUCAGGGUUAAUUUAGUGUCCGUUUACAGCGGCAACUGAAGACACAUUCUAAAAGCCAGCCUUUUAUGUUUCAUACAUGUACAGUUGCUUUGUAUAAUUGAAUGAAAGAGCUCGACAUGGACACCAUACAUCACAUUCUUUCCUUCAUAACUGCUUUAUUAUUUGGGCUAUUACAGUAUCACAUGUAUAAAAAUAAAUGUAUACAUGUACUCUGAGCUACACUAAACUAGCAAAAUUUGUUCUCUUCAUUUUAAAUGGUAUAAAAUACAUUUAAAAACUGA